CACAUACACACACACACACACACACACCACACCCACACACACCACACACACACACACACACACACACACACACACACACACACAGACAGUGACAGACGGCAGCCGCGUUGACGGACGCGUCGCUCGCUCGUUGAAAAGAGGAACCGUCGUCAGAGUACCACCAGAUUUGGUGGCACUUUCUGUUGCCCGGAGGAAACCGUUCACAAAAUGUGGAUGAGCACGUUGGCACGCGUCGCCCGGCCCGCCCUGCAGAGGAGCACCUCGGCUGUGGCCUGCCAGGCGGGGAGGGCUUGCCGCAGACCGGGCCACGCUGCGGGUCCGCUGCCCUCUCGUCCCACUUUGACGCACGUUCGCGGGCAGCAGACGCUGGUCUCGGCCUCUCCGCCCGAGGCCCGUCAGACGGUGAGGCACGCCCGGGCUCUGGAGGAGGAGCGGCUGGUGGAGGUGGAGUGGGAUGACGGAGGGCACAGUCUGUACCCGUUGACCUGGCUGAGGGACAACUGCCAGUGUCCGCUGUGCACCCUCCAGUCGGCCCAGGCCCGGCAGCUGUUGAUAACCGAUCUCGAUAUCCACUCGGGAAUCCACUCUGUUGAGGUCAUCAAUGACAACAAGGUGUCCGUUGUGUGGCCCGACCAGCACACCAGUGUGUUUGACGCGGAGUGGCUGAAGAAACGCUGCUUCUCUUCUGCUGCCAGACAAUCGCUGCAGGAAGAGCUCUUCCUCAAUGAACGUCACCACUGGGAUUCCGAGCUGCGCAUCCCCACCGGUGACUUCCAGGAGGUCCUCCGCGACGACGAGGCGGCGCUCGCCUGGCUCUCGGCCCUGCGCCGCGUCGGCAUCGUCUGCCUGAAGGGGGCGCCGACGGAGCGGGGCCAAGUGGCCCGGCUCGCCGAGAGGAUCGGCUACCUCAGGCUCACAUUCUACGGGCACACGUGGCAGGUCCAGGACAAGCACAUGGCAAACAACUUGGCCUACACGUCCAAAAAGCUCAGCCUCCACACGGACUACCCCGCGCUGCACUUCUCCCCCGGAGUGCAGUUCGUGCACUGCAUCAGCCAGGCCGUGGAGGGAGGGGAGAGCGAGAUGGUGGACGGCUUCCACAUGGCGGAGCUGCUGCAGAGAGAAGACCCCGAGGCCCACCGCACGCUCACCUCCACCCUUGUGGACUUCACGGACACGGGGAGGGACUACUGCGACUUCCUGCUGCAGUCCAAGAAAUACAUCAUCGAAGUGGAUCGCGAGGGGCGGGUCCAGAGGAUCAACAUCAACCACGCCACCAGAGACUCGGUGCUCGACCUCCCGGUGCGUCAGGUGCAGCCCUUCUACAGAGCCAUGAGGGCGUUCGCCGACAUCAUGAACCGACCGGAGAACCUGCUCGACUACAGGAUGGAGCCGGGCGACAUGUUGACCUUCGACAACUGGCGUCUGCUGCACGGACGGAAGAGCUACGUCACCGGGCCGGACAGCUCGCGGCACCUGGAGGGCGCCUACCUGGACUGGGACGAGGUCAUGUCGCGCCUGCGGAUCCUCCGCAAGUCCGUCAACAAGCGCGCAUGAGCUUCCCCGGGGGGGCAAAGCGGAGCCGCGAUCGAAACACGGCAGCACUUCCACUUUAACACAGAGAAUCUUUAGCAGCGUCUGCCGACUACGACGCGAGGAGCAGAGUUAAACUUGGCACGGUGACGGGGCGGAGUGCAAAGAGCCAAAUCUGAAGUCGUCAUACAUGGAAACACUGUAAAUGUACACUGAGAAAUCAUGUUCUCAAAGAUAAUGUGACAUUCCCGAAAAAUCUCUCCCAAUUCAAACACAGGAUUACAUAUUUACAGGCUGCCAUUUUGUCUGAUGUCGAAUAUCAAGGUGAUCACUGCGUAGUUUGUGUUAAUCUGUCAAAUGUGCAUUUCUUUAAAGGGCCCAUAUUAUGCUCCAGGCACCUUUCCAGCCUGCCUCCAUGUAUAUUUGGUUAUCUGGGGUGUCUGCCAGCCCACGGAGGAUGAAAAGAAAACGAUGAGUCGUUGAUUCGUGGUUUG